AAUGCCCAGGAAGCAACAAAGCGGAUGAACUGUACUGCGCAAGCGCAGAGCAAACGGUCGCGCGGAGGAUUUGAGUUUUGAAUGGUUGACUACAGAAUAGAGCAUAACGAUUUGAACUUUUAGCAAUGUAGACAUGGCCGCAACGCUAAAUUUGUCGGGUCUCACGGAUUCAGACCCGGGGCUAAAUGACCAAUCUGCGUCCAGUCGAAGCAGCAACAGAAGUCUGAGAAUCGCAGAGAGGGAUAGAAGAAAGAACGAGGCAGAGGACCCAUUCGCACUGGCCCUGAAGUAUUUCUCUGACGUUGAAGCAGGUACUCCUGUGAUAGGGAACGAUCAGUUUGAGAACAACCUGGUGCUGGUGGAGACGGUGGCCUACAGUAAAGGACUCCCCCCAGAGGGCAUCUCUAUUAUGCUGGAGUUUGCCAUGAGCCUUCGUAUGGGAAAUUCUCCAUGUGUCAGGGUGCUGAAGUGUCUGAUUCCUGCCACUGUGGUGCCACAGGAGGCUGUGGUUCGAGCAGUGGUUUGGCUGUGUGUUGGCAAAAUACCUAUCAGCAGUCAAGUGCUCUUCAUAAAGUGGGUGUUGACUGUAUUUGACUUGAUUGAUGCAAAGGACCAACUUCGAGCUAUCUAUGGCUUCAUCUUCAAUUUUGUCACAGAAGAAAAUCUGUGUCCUUUCAUUUGCCAUCUGUUAUACCUUUUGACCAGAAAGGAAAGUGUACAAAUCUUCAGAGUCAGGAAGCUGCUGGAGCUACAGUCUAAACUGGGAAGGCAGCCGUUUCUCCUGUAUCUACUGUCACUUUACAGAGUGUUUUGCCCGGAAUUGGUGACACUCUCCAUCCCGUCACGAAUGAGGAGUGGGUUUAGGAACCACAAUUCCCCAUGGAAAUCAGCAUUGAUUGCUGUCCAGAAGAAGAAUGGCUCCCAAGUUUCCCCCACCAUCAGUCUGCCCUUUAUGACCAACUCCAGGAAAAGGAAGCACCGCCACCUGGAAAUUCCGAAACUGUGUUCUGUAGUCAAUAAACCGGCUCAAACAGAGCCUUCCUUCAGCAGAAAGGUGGUCCCUUUUAUGCAACUCAACUCCUUCACUGAGCUGCUGGAAAACCUGCACCGUAUAGAGCUACCCGCCCAGAUGGGCUCACUGUUGGCAUCCAGUAUGGCACUGCAUUACCUGGACUGUGUACAGGAUGAGUCUGCCCUUCUACGCCUCAACUUCUGGCUAGGCUACACUCUUCAUGAAGAAUUUUUAUUCAACAGUGAUGGAGGAGCUUCUCAGGAUUUAGAUGAGGCUCAGCAGUUUUUGAACAAAUUGCUGUUCACACAGGAUUUUCUCCAGGAGGGGUUUUCUGCUACAGAGGCUUUCCUCUACAAGUUUCUCAGGGUUUGGGAUGGUUCUCUUCUCCGCCCACAGAUCCUCAGUCUGCUGAGCAACAUCCCUGUUGUCCCCAGUCUCAAAAUCGGGCGGCUUCUGUUUGAGCCCCUCAUGCAGCUCUUCUUCACAUCUUCAGUGUUUUUCAAGUGUGGACUGAUUGAGUGUCUAAACAACAUGCUCUCGAAGUGGCUGUCCUGGCACACAGUGUAUGCUCUGGAGGAUGACUUGGACAUCAGCCUCAACAGCCACACCUCCAUAAACAUGACCCUGUCAGAGUUCAAGGAUUCAGUGAUGGAGCUGGUUCAUUUUGUGGGUCGGCUGGCCUCUGUGGGCCUUCAGCUUGAGAGCUACCACUCUCUCCUCCUCAGCUUCAUCCUGGACUUCUAUGAGACGGUGUGUGACACGUUUGUAAAAUAUGAGCUUCCCCUCAUAGUGAUGCCCCCAGCUGGGGUUUUUUACCCAGCGCUUUUUGCCACUGAACCUGUCAGCGUGGACCGACUGGCCUACAUCAUGUACCGGUACAAGGUGAACUUGACAUCAGCCAAACUUGACAUCAAACAAAAAAUGAAGGCCUCUCACAUCAGCCGCCAGACAUUUUAUGAGUUCAACCACUAUAAAGCCAUCAUGGUCAACUGCCUGUGGAACUCCAAAAUGUCUGAACCAGACAUGGGUUUACAGCUGAAAGAGGAGCUGCUUUGCAAGAGCAACAUACCUGAGUACUGGAAGAGCUUUGAUCUCAUCAACCACCCUGCUUUCAUGAGCUGUGCCAUCGACUUUCACAGGAAGUGUUGGCCAAGAAAAAGGAAUGUGGACCUGAAUUCCAUAAAGCUUUCCAGGCCGUGGACCUGGUACCUGCAGUACCUGUACAGUCAGGGAUACAACGGCCUGAAGCAGUUUGUUUCAUCCAUGUAGCCAGAGGAAACUUCUUGGACGGCAUCUGACUUACCAGCCUGUCAGGAAAAACUUUUCAUCAGUAUUCACAAUGACUUCUCACACAUUGCAUCACACAUUGCAGUGGGUGCAGUAAUUCUUAAUAUGGCUCAUUUUUAUGUUUUAUUUGAAAAUAAAUUUUUGGAUGUGCAUCCCAGUACACUCUUUGGCAGUGGGCCCAGGUUGCUCAGAGCAACAUUAACCAGCAGCUGACAGCAGGCGACGGGCAGGGUGACGGUCUGUCCGCACAGCAGAGGUAGACACUCAACACAGUGGAGAGGAAGAAUGACCACGUGCAUCUUACCCAUUUUUCCAAACACUCUGUGUUUUUGUAUAUAAAUAUAUGUUUAUUGUUUAGUUUUUUUUAUAUUAUUGGACCAGUGUCAGUAGUAGGUUCAAGUUCAGUGAAUACUACUUUAAGAGGGAAGACUAAAUGUUUAUUGCAGAAAAUUUUCAAAAUACCGAAAAGGGAUCAUUUUGACACAUUCAUCGGUCUGGGUGAUGUGAAAUCUCUACUAAAUUUCACAACUCCCAUAAAUAAGGUAUGGUACAAGAAAUAUUGUCAAGAUACUAAAGAAUAACAAGUUGAAAUGAUUCUUUUUCUCUUCAGUACUUAUUUGCAAUAAAAUUUGUCAUUCUUUGCUUAAUGUGAACACAACUAUCUUGAAUCAGUGAUUACACAGUUUGUCUUUGUGUUGUAUUCUUGUACAGCUUGUCGUCUGUAAAACCUGACCCUUGGACAUGGAUGAAAAAAAGUUUAAAGGUUUUUACAUUUUAUGAAAGUUAA